CGACCUUCCGCCCUAAGGCAAACCGCUCACAGCAGCCGCAGCUAAAGAUGAACAGGAAGGGCUUACAACUUCGGGAGACUCACAAGGGGAGAGCUCGGCACAAUGAGAUCGCUGCGCUUCAUUUCUGCCAAGGCCCUGGUGUCUCAUCCCCAGGUGGCCCAGCAGAGCCUGGACGGUGUGGCCCACAACCUCUACCCUCUCCUCUUCAAAGCCGGCUACUUGCUGGAGCAGGCGGCGCUGAUCCGCGUCCUGCUGGAGCACUGGCCCCUGGAGGAGUUCCGGCUGAGUGCGCUGCUCGGGCCGGGCUCCGAAGCCUCGGAGGACCUGCGGGACCGCACCUGCAGGGCCUGCCUGGAGGCCUGUGUGCAGGGCCUCGCAGACCACGUGCUCCGGGCCGGGGGUCCGCGGCGGCUGCGCGUGGCUGACCUCACAGGCGUCCGAGACGUACAGGUGCAGCGGUGCCCGUGUGGGAGGGCGCUGGGCAGGUGGGGCCGCACCGAGCUGCUGGCCAGGACAUGCUGCCGGCUGCAGGGGGAGGCCCCCGCGGCCCAGCGCCCCGUCCGGGUCCUCGCCGACCUCUUCGUCACCGAUGGAAACUUCGAGGUGGUGGUACGGGCCCUGGGGCCAGCGGGCCCUGCCCCACUGCGUGUGCACUGCCUGUCCUUCCGGGCGGACAGCCUGCACCCCAGCCAGCUCUCACAGGUGCUGCGUCUGGCCGGGCCAGGGGAGCUGCGCCGGCUGGAGGUGGUGCACAACAUACGGCUGCACGCCGGCCACGUGCAGGAGAUGCUGGCCGAGGUGCGCUUCCCCCAGCUGGCCGCGCUCACCCUGCCCGCCAGGGCCUUCGACGCGCCCCCCACCGGCACCCGCAGCCCCGAUGGCGAGGACCCCCUCCUCUCCUCCAUCGCCUGGGAGCUCAGCCGGAUGAGCCAGCUCACGGAGCUGAGCGUGGCCUUCUCCACGCUGACCGGGAAGAUCCCGAAACUGCUCGGGCCCCUACGGACGCUGCUGAGGACCCUGGACCUGGCCAACUGCUCCCUGAACCACACAGACAUGGCCUUCUUGGCAGACUGUCCCCACGCCACAUGCCUGGAGGUGCUGGACCUCAGCGGCCACAACCUGUUCAGCCUGUUCCCUUCCACCUUCUCCAGGCUGCUGAGCCGGGCGGCCCGGACACUGAGGGUGCUCACCGUGGAGGAGUGCGGCAUCGAAGACCGGCACGUGGGCAUGCUGAUCCUGGCCCUGAGCCCUUGCCACGAGCUCCGUGAGCUCCGCUUCCUGGGGAACCCGCUGUCAGCCCGGGCCCUGAGGCGCCUCUUCGUGGCUCUCUGUGAGCUGGGCAGGCUCCGGACUGUCGAGUUCCCGGUGCCCAAAGACUGCUACCCUGAGGGCACGGCCUACCCCCAGGACGAGCUGGCCAUGUCCAAGUUUGACCAGCAGAAGUAUGAUGUGAUCGCCGAGGAGCUCCGUGCGGUGCUGCUUCGCGCUGGCCGUGGUGACGUCCAGGUCUGCACGCCCCUCUUCGGAAGUUUCGACCCAGACAUCCAAGAGACAAGCAACGAACUUGGAGCUUUCUUGCUGCAAGCUUUCAAAGCUGCUCUAGAAAACUUCUCCAGAGCCCUGGAGCAAAUGCAGUAGGCCCUCGAGCAGACGGGGGGUGGUGUGUGGUUCGGCCGGACGGGAGCCUGGACGUCCUGAGUCAGCAGGCUUGAGCAUCCAUGCCCCUGGCCCCCUGCAGCAGACAUGUCUCUUAGGGACACUCGCACGGGGCAUGAGUUAGGUGCUGCGUGGCUCCAGAAGAGUGGACGAGGCCACGCUGGCAACGGACCGGGUGUCGGUUCUGGACUGCACAGGAGGGAAGGGGAGGCCAGACGUCCGGCCAGGGCCGAAAGAACGUGAGAACUGUCACAGAACUCAUCACUCCCUGUGCCGCGUCUGGGUUCUCUGCCGUGCUGACUUGGGCUUAUGUACUCACAGACUCCUGCCCGGCAUGGAAUAUGGGAUUCGUUGUUAAGUGCUUGAGCCCGAGGACACAGAAGGCUUCCCGGAGGGCCUCUGUCCCUGCAAGAAAGCCCCACCGGUGAUGACACAUCCCUACCCCUGUUUCCUGCCUCCCUUUGGACCCUGACCCCAGAGGACCCUCUGCUCAAGCCUAAGGGAACUCCUCUGUGCGGCUGAAUCCAGGAGUGUAAGUUUCACUGACAACAUUUGGACUUGGUUUCUACCUGGAUCUGAUUCCUGUGAAGGGCCCAGUGUUAGGAUCAUUAGAUACCAAUAAAACAGAAGUGUGCCUUCUUCA